GGGAGGUCAUCCGAAGUUCUCCACAAGUUCUCCGUAAGAAGCAACAUCAUCACAAGUUCGGUAGCACACAUUUCGAGACUAAGACCCGCGUGGCAGCAUAUUGGGCUACACAUAUAUAUUUUCUACAAGUGGUGCAUCGGCUUAAAAGAAGAAGACUACUUUCAGUACCAGCAUGUCUCUCGGAAGCAUCGACGACGACAUCAGAUGCCUGAUGACCCUAACUGGAGAAAACUCGAAGACCGCCUUACAAGAACACCUCAG